AUGGCUCCCAAGAUCGCUAUCGUCUUCUACUCCAUGUACGGCCACAUCCUCAAGCUGGCCGAGGCUGAGAAGAAGGGUAUUGAGGCUGCUGGCGGUUCCGCCGACAUCUUCCAAAUCGCCGAGACCCUCUCCGACGAUGUUCUGGCUAAGAUGCACGCUCCCCCCAAGUCCAGCUACCCCAUUGCUGAGGCCAACACCCUCCUUGAGUACGACGCCGUUCUCUUCGGUAUCCCCACUCGCUACGGUAACUUCCCCGCUCAGUGGAAGGCCUUCUGGGACCGCACUGGUGGUAUCUGGGCCUCCGGUGGCUACUGGGGCAAGUACGCUGGUCUCUUCGUUUCCACCGGUACCCAGGGUGGUGGUCAGGAGUCCACCUGCCUUGCUGCCAUGAGCACCCUCGCCCACCACGGUUUCGUCUACGUUCCUCUCGGCUACAAGACCGUCUUCGCCCAGCUGUCCAACCUCAACGAGGUUCACGGUGGUAGCGCCUGGGGUGCUGGUACCUUUGCUGGUGCCGACGGCUCCCGCCAGCCCAGCGCUCUCGAGAUCGAGGUUGCUGAGGCCCAGGGCAAGGCCUUCUACGAGCACGUUGCUGCCCACAACUUCGCUUGA